CUCUUUCCUAACUGUAGUCUUCAGCUCUCUGACUCUCUCGCCUCUCGAAAAACGAAAGGAGAAACACCUACUACUACCAACACUGCUAAAUUCCACCUUCUCCACCUUCUCUACCUUCCCCCAUUUCCCUCUUUCGUUUUCAUCAACCGCAUUCCGUCAAAUCAGCCACUCGAUACGCAACGCACCGCCGAACAAAUUCAAUUUUUCCCCUUUAGGUAACCCUCUGCUCUCUCUCACAAAUACUCCUCAUUUAUUCGGAAAUUUUUCCCUUUCUGCUUCGGGGCUGGGGUUAGGAUGAAUCGUGGGAUGUGAUGGGGGCGGGCUUCUCGCAGGCGUUCCCCUGUUUCAAUCCGGCCGCCGGACCUCCGAAUCGGUCGGAUCCGGAUGCCAUUUUCGGCGGCAACGACGAAACCCUCGGUCACUCCUUCUGCUACGUGCGCUCCUCCGCGCGGUUCAUCUCCCCAACUCACUCCGAUCGCUUCGUAUCUCCCUCACACUCCCUCCGCUUCGACGAUCCGCGCCCCUCUAAGCCGCCGGGUUACCCGGAGACCGGCUUCCGGGCCAUCUCCGGCGCCUCCGUCAGCGCCAACACUGCUACUCCCAUAACCGUCCUCCAACUCGACGACAUCUGCACUGAUGCCGCCGGUGAAGCAAGCUAUCAGAAUAAUUUUGGCAGCAGCAAGGGUUUUGUAGCUGGAGCUGGAGCUGGAGCUGGAGCUGGAACUGGGCCCCCCAAUGUUCUGCUGGAUGGAUUCGAGAGUACGUCGUCGUUUAGUGCCUUGCCCUUGCAGCGGGUGCCGCGCGGCGGGGAGCAGCAGCCCUCGGGCCAGCUGGAGAGGGCUUUCUUCAUGUCUGGCCCGAUCGAGCGCGGCGCCCUCUCUGGCCCGCUGGAUGGCGCUGCUCUCUCUGGCGACAGCAAUGGGGGUGUGCCGUUUUCGGCGCCACUUGGGGGCAUGUAUGUUAAGAAGAGGAAGAAGAAGAGCAUUUCGGGGAUUCGCAAUGCAUUGUACCGCAACUUCUCUGUGGUGCCUGUAAGGAAUUUCAUUAGUGGAGGAGGGCAGCGGAAGGAUGCUCCACCAGUAAGUGAUAGCUGCAGAGAGACGCCACAGACUGGCUGUGAGGGCAAUGUGCAGUGGGCAUUGGGUAAGGCAGGUGAGGACCGGGUUCAUGUGGUUGUAUCGGAGGAGUUAGGUUGGCUGUUUGUUGGAAUUUAUGAUGGAUUUAACGGACCUGAUGCUCCGGAAUUCCUCAUGAGCCAUUUGUACAAAGCCAUGUAUAAUGAAUUAGAGGGUUUGUUUUGGGACACAGAGGAUGCAGUUGCAGCUUCAGAAAAUGCACAUUUCACUGGGAAUUCUCACCCUUCUGAUGUUAAUAUAGGUGAUCGACAAGACUCAGAAAGCAAAGAAGGCGAAGUAGAAACAAAACUAGUUAAGAAGGUGAUGUUUGGAGGGGAGCAAAUAGAAGUUAGGAGGAGGAAGUUAUGGGAAUGUUUGGUGGAGGAUGAUCCCGGGGAUGGGCUUGAUCUAUCUGGUUCUGAAAGAUUUGCCUUUUCAGUUGAUGAUGCAUUGAGUGUGAACGAUGCAGGUUCAGCAGUGAGUAGGAGGUCUUUAUUGUUGUCAAAACUGAAGCAUGGGUUGUUGAAUAGGCAUAAGGAGAAGGAGGGAAACAAAUUAUUUCCCUGGAAGUUUUGGUCAGAGGGGAAGCAUAAAGCAAUUGAGGAUUUGAGGGAGAGCAAUGUAGCUGGUGAUGGGGAGGUUGUUGAGACUGGGAGAAGUAGUAGAACUGGUAGGAAAAGAAAGGUAGGAUUAGUUGAUCAUGAUCUAGUAUUAAGUGCAAUGUCUAGAGCACUUGAAGUUACAGAGCAGGGAUACUUAGAUAUGACUGAUAGGGUUCUUGAUCGCUACCCUGAGCUUGCAUUGAUGGGUUCUUGCUUGUUGGUUGCAUUGAUGAGGGAUGACGAUGUGUAUGUGAUGAAUGUUGGGGACAGUCGAGCCAUUGUAGCUCAGUUCGAGUCAGAAGGGGUAACCCGUGAUACAGAAAUGCAAGGUUCUGGUGAUUACGGGUUCAAUGGCGAGGGAAUAGUUGAAGAGUUAUCUUCUGUCAGUCAGACGGAGAGUAAAGCUGUAAAUGAAGCUCAUGUUCAUCAACCUAUGGGUUUGACUGCAUUGCAAUUAUCAACUGACCACAGCACAAGCAUAGAAGAGGAAAUUAUUAGAAUCAAGAAUGAGCACCCAGAUGACAGCAAUUGUAUAGUAAAUGAUAGAGUUAAAGGUCGUCUCAAAGUUACCCGUGCAUUUGGGGCUGGAUUCCUCAAACAGCAUAAGUGGAAUGAUGCCUUGCUAGAAAUGUUUCGGAAUGAUUAUAUUGGUACAGCGCCCUACAUCUCGUGUUCACCCUCUCUUCGUCACCACCAUCUGUGCCCCAGAGAUCAAUUUUUGGUGCUUUCGUCUGAUGGCUUGUAUCAGUACUUUAGCAAUCAAGAAGUGGUCUCCCAUGUGCAGAAUUUCAUGGAGAGGUUCCCUGAUGGAGACCCUGCCCAGCACUUGAUAGAGGAACUUCUGUUUCGUGCUGCCAGAAAAGCCGGAAUGGACUUUCACGAGCUUCUGGACAUUCCUCAUGGUGAUCGUCGGAAAUACCAUGAUGAUGUCACUGUUAUGGUGGUAUCCCUUGAAGGAAGAAUCUGGAAGUCCUCAGGGAAGUACCUUUGAGAAAACAUCCGCAGCACCAAAACGACAUGUAAGCUCCAACGGAAGCUGGAAUAUGAUCGGUUCGUUUGAGGGCUGUAUGAUCUUCCGUCUGAUGCCAUGCGAAACCAACGUGAUGAUGAUGAUGGAAGCUCUUAAAGAGGGAAUGUUGCAAUGGGAUAGGAAAUUUUUGUAGUUGCUGCCGUAAACUUGUUUUAGGCAGGAAAAAGAAGACCUAUUUUAUUUUGUUCUUUUCUUUCUUUUUCCUUUUCUUUUAACUUUUUUUUGAGAGCCUUCUCAUUCGUUUGUUCUUCAUUGGGGUGGAGGGGGUUUAGUGGGUUUGAGCUUUGACAUAUCUGCCUUCUUUCCUUGAAGGCAGAAUUUGUAAUUCUGGGAAGUAAUGUUCCCAAAUGCCCAUCAUAAAUUAUUCAAA